UGUCGCCAUCAUAUCUGGCUAAAUGUUAACCUAGCUUAAGUCGAAAAUAUAAGUUACGUCUCUCUUUGCUUUGACCCCCUUUUUUGUUUCUUCUGUCGAGUUUCGAUUAAAUGCUGUAAUGUUGUGUCUCAGUUAAGACGUAUAGGACUGCUACUGUGUUGUAGUUAGCAGGGCUGGGGUCUUGAGAAGCAGCAGCUAAGGGGCGGUGGGCUGCUAACCAGCUAGUUGGCCCAGCAAGCAACUAGAACACCUCCUAGAUAUAUUAAAUGUUAAUCUUGAAUAAAACCACGGUCGUUUAGUGGACGUUGUCACCAGUUGUUUCCGCCACUGUCUCCGGUAGUGAAGUCGUCAGCUCUGCCGUUGCUAAGGAGCUAGCAGCGUCACAAAGCUAGCUGCCAACUCCGCUGAGGAACCGAGAAGAUUUAAAGCUAACAAAGCUAAACAACAAGCUGGAGUCGGUCUGCUAAACUGGAGCUGGCAUCGUCACAUUACCCGUCUUCAACACCAGGCUGCAGGGCCUGACAACGACGAAGAUGUCUGAGGGAGAGAACAAGCAAGCCCCAGACACUGCCCAAGAAGGGAAACCAGACGCCAUGGCUACUGCAGCCACAGGUCAAGUGGUGUCAUCAGUGUCUCCUCCUGUCUCCAUGGUGACCCAGCCUCCUGCCACAGCAGCCACAGAAGAUGAGGAAGAAGAGAGCGAGGAUGAGUCAGAGAUUCUGGAGGAGAGUCCGUGUGGACGCUGGCAGAAACGUAGAGAAGAGGUGAAUCAGCGCAACGUCCCCGGGAUUGAUAAUGCUUACUUGGCCAUGGACACAGAGGAAGGAGUUGAGGUGGUGUGGAAUGAGGUCAUGUUCUCAGAAAGGAAAAAUUUCAAACUGCAGGAGGAAAAAGUCAAAGCAGUCUUUGACAAUUUGAUCCAGCUGGAGCAUUUAAACAUUGUCAAGUUCCACAAGUAUUGGGCGGAUGUGAAAGAGAACAGAGCGAGGGUCAUUUUCAUCACUGAGUACAUGUCUUCAGGAAGUCUCAAACAGUUUUUGAAAAAGACAAAGAAAAACCACAAGACCAUGAAUGAAAAGGCCUGGAAGCGCUGGUGCAUACAGAUACUAUCAGCUCUCAGCUAUUUGCACUCCUGCGACCCUCCAAUCAUACAUGGCAACUUGACAUGUGACACCAUCUUCAUCCAGCACAACGGCCUCAUCAAGAUUGGCUCAGUUGCUCCAGAUACCAUUAACAACCAUGUAAAAACCUGCCGAGAAGAGCAGAAGAGCCUUCACUUCUUUGCUCCAGAAUAUGGAGCUGUUGCCAAUGUCACCACAGCCGUGGAUAUCUAUUCCUUUGGAAUGUGCGCCUUGGAGAUGGCUGUGUUAGAAAUCCAGAGUAAUGGAGAUUCGUCUUACGUGUCCCAAGAAGCCAUAAACAGUGCCAUUCAGUCUCUAGAAGACACAUUGCAACGGGAAUUUAUUCAGAAGUGUCUGGAGGUGGACCCCUUUAAGCGACCCACAGCCAAGGAGCUGUUGUUUCACCAGGCCUUGUUUGAGGUGCCUUUACUCAAGCUGCUGGCUGCACACUGCAUCGUUGGUCACCAGCAUAUGAUCCCAGAAAAUGCUUUGGAAGAGAUGACUAAGAACAUGGAUCCAAACUUGGUGAUUGUUGAAGGCAGGGAGGGGGUUCAGAUGAAACUCUCCCAGUUUCCCGCCCUCGAGCUGGACAAGUUCCUCGAAGAUGUCAGGAACGGGAUCUAUCCUCUGACUGCGUUUGGGAUGCCGUGUCCACAGCAACCUCAGCAGGAGACAGUCAAGUCGCCCAUUGUGCCCCCCUCGGUCAAAACCCCGACCCCCGAACCUGCUGAGCUUGAGACCAGGAAGGUCCUUCAGAUGCAGUGUAAUAUCGAGCCUGUUGAUGAGGGCACCAAGCAUCAUCUGACCUUGCUGUUGAAACUUGAGGAUAAAUUGAACAGACACUUGAGCUGUGAUUUGUUACCAAAUGAGAACGUCAACGAGCUGUCUGUGGAGCUUGUUCAGCUCGGAUUCAUCAGUGAGGGUGAUCAGCCACGGCUUGCAUCCGUUCUUGAAGAGGCCUUCUCAAAGUUCUACAGCCGGAACGGUUCUCUCAAUCCGGUCACAGUUUCCUCGUAGCGGAGGACUCACCAGGCCUUCUGCCAGCCCUCCUCGUUCCCUUCGACAGGACUAGCUUUUUGCUCCAUCUCCCGAGUUGCUGGAAAGCUUUGCAAGGAAAGGGGGAGGAAUCCUCGGUCUGAUUGCAGAUCCUGCAGCCUGUCCUUGUAUCCUCUGGUGGGAAAAGCUGCCACUAAGUGGUUGUUGCUUUCUAUCUUUUUUUUUUUCCCCUCCCACCCAAUACAGCCAUCUGCUUCUCUUUUAAAAGAGGAAAUCCUAGUUGCAACUUAAAGGAAAAUCCAAAUGUUUUCACUUUUUGACUUAUUUCUUUCCGUUCUAAAGUAUUGAAAAAAUGGUAGAGGUAAGCAAAACAAAACUGGAUAACAGCAGUAUUUUCCUUGAGUCAGUAUUAAAACUGUAUUUUAAACAUUUUUACUUCAAACUGUUUAAUAGUUGUAUGAAA